AUACAUUAGAGCGUGCUAGGGCCUCUGAAUUUAUGGGGGUGGCCAUAUCUCUAUCAGAGCGGAGAGCUGGUGGUGCCUGCUGCAUUCUGGACCUGUAUCUAGCUGUCAAGAAGGUCCUUCAGGGAAGAUUUGAGGUAGAUGACUGGUACCCUGACAUACCAGAGCAAAGCACCAUACCGCAUUGUGAUCAUGGGGGCAGGCUGCAAGGACACAAAUUCGCAUUGCAUCUAUUCAUCAAGACUGUUUUAUCCCAGCUACAUCAAUACGCAGCAUCUUUCCAAUCCCUGCCCCUCGACCGGCCUGUCCAUCCAUUUCAAAUUGGUGACCAGGUCCUCGUCAAGAAGUGGAAACGUGACCCCCUUACACCACGGUGGGAAGGUCCACACACCGUCUCCCUCAUCAGCCACGCUGCAGUUAAGCUUCUUGGGAGUGACAAGUGGACUCAUCACACAAGAGUAAAACGGUUUCUCACUCCUGACAAGAGAGCCAAACCACCAGAGGAGGACUCCAGCCCUCUGUCCACCCCAGCACCGGAGGCCCGGGGAGGCACAGGCGAAGCCUCAGGCAACUGGAUCGACCCUCUGCCUACCUCGGCACCGGAAGCCCGAGGGAGCACAGGAGAAGCUUCGGACUGGACUUACGAGCCCCUGGACGGACUUAAGGGUUUGUUUAAGAAAUCAUAAUGCGAAUAACACUGUUAAUUUUAGGUGUAUACCUUCUUCAUUGUAAUGGUUGGGAAAAUACCUUCCUGGAACUAGGAGAAACAAUAGCAAAGUCCUUUAAUCUCAGUAAUUGUUGGGUAUGUGGAGGACCAGGAGACUUAAACGAAUGGCCAUGGGUAGCCCAACCAGUACAGCCCAAAUGGUGGGUCAGUAAUUUAAGCAUGGUCCGUAACGGAACAGAACUAUGGGCCCAGGAUAGUAGCCCAUGGCGACUCUAUUCCUCUGGGAUGGGUAUACUAUGCCUUAAUAGAACAAAACCAAAAGGAGUAUACGUAGGGGAAAGUCAAUGUGAAUGGACCUUAUCCCCAGGAUUUGAUUGCUGGGAUCCUAAUUGUUUACCAUACAAUUGCUCUAAAUAUCAGGGGCGAUGGAAUCAAACCCAUGUACAGCUGACUAAUGGCAGCUGGAUAGCCUGCUCCUAUCAACUUUAUGAUAAUAAUGAUUUCGCCAGUAGCAGCAGUUGCAACGCAAUACAACAGGAUACAUUUUUUGAUGAUUAUCUGUUUUUACGUUGCCAGCGAGAUAAUACCACAGCCAAGGAUCACGUGAUACGAAUCUAUCUCUGGGCGUGGCAACACUAUAAUGGGACCCGAACAACCCACUUUAGGCAAUUUUGGUCAAGCACUACUCAGCCUAAAGGAGGGGGUUGCAAUUGUAUAUGGAAAAUGGGAGCAGGAGCCUGGAAACGUGAACAUUGUAAUUCUAAAGGCGAAUCAGUUAUGGGGGGAGGACCGUUAGGACGUGGCGAUCAUUUGUAUUUUGAAAUGCCCAAGUAUAAAAAUAAUAAUUGGUCCCUGUCACCUGAUACAACUACUCCCGACCCCUGGGAUGGACCCUUUGCUAAUGGGACAUGGGCCCUAAAAGGCCACUAUUGGAUUUGUGGUCAAUACGCUUACCGUCGGCUACCACCCAAUUGGUCCGGGGUAUGUUAUGUAGGAUAUAUUAGGCCUCUAUUCUUCCUACUACCUCUCCUACAGGGAAAAACCUUAGGAGUCAAAGUAUAUGAUGAUCUUAUUAGGGAACAGCGAUCUAUUGAUUCCACUUUAACAGCUGGAAGUUCCCAAAAAUGGGGUACACAGGAGUGGCCUCCUGAAAGAAUCAUAGAACAUUAUGGACCAGCCACGUGGAACCCCGAUGAGCUCGUAACAGGAGCUAGGGAACCAAUUUAUAACCUGAAUCGAAUAAUCAGAUUGCAGGCUGUUUUGGAAAUAGUAACAAACCAAACAGCCACAGCACUCGAUCUCUUAGCUGAUCAGGCUACUCAAAUGAGAACCGCAAUUUAUCAACAUCGUAUAGCUCUUGAUUAUCUGCUAGCAGAAGAAGGAGGAUUGUGUGCAAAACUGAAUGAAUCAAAUUGUUGCUUACAAAUAGACGAUAAUGGAAAAGCAGUUAAACGAUUAACAAAAGAAAUGAGGAAGCUAACCCACGUCCCAGUGCAAACCUGGAAGGGGUGGGACACAGAUUGGCUUACUUCAUGGUUGCCACAAAAAGAAUGGAUACGCCAAAGCUUCCUUUUUGUUGUAUGUAUUAUCAUAGCCCUAUUAGCUUUAGCUUGCCUUACCCCCUGUUUGGUGACACUAAUCCGACGAUUGAUCAACCAAACUAUAAAUCAACGAGUCAUGGUGUUACUCCAACCAGUAAAAGCUGAAGAUUGGGGAUACUAAAGCUCUUAAAAUGCUUUCAUAAAAAGGGGGGAUUGAUAGAUAACAUGAUUUGUGCUUAGCUGUUUGUUCUGGGAAUGUGCUCAGUUGUUUGUUCUAGGAAACGAUGCUAUAGCUAAAUGAUCCUAUGACCUGCUUGCAUAACGAAUAAUAAAUAUUGAACAGUACCAUGGUCAAGGGGACAAACGUGGAAUGGGUAGAGUACAAGUAAAUAAACCUAUGUACCCCACGUCUGCAAAAUCCUGAAAAUUUGCUUUGUCAGUGUGGUCUGAUAUGACCUCAAAAAUGGUAUAUAUAUGUACUCACUGCUCUGUAUCGGGGUGUCACUCCUCUGGUAUGAAUCGAGGGGGGCACCCGCUCAGC